UACUUGAAACCGGUCAGUGUUUACCUACAAUUUGAGUAGGUACCACGCGUUUCAAGAUUGUAAUAUUUUUUUAAUUAACAUUAAUAUUCCUAAAAUUAUCACUGAAACUGGCUAAAGCUUGACCUAAAGGCUAUCUUAUCAUUUAAAAGUGUUAUAUUAAUACAAAGUAUUUAUCAGUGGCAAAAAUCAAGAAAAACCCGCUAUGUAAAUAUAAUACUUAUGUGUUAUGAGGAAAAUCAAUUUUAAACAAUCUCAAAUAUGAAGCUUGUAAUGUUGCCCAGGUUGGUGGUAUUCCUGAUUGUGCUGGAUGCAUGCAUGCUUUACACAAAAUCGGAUGGAACGGAAACCCUUGACCAAAUCUAUGCAGAAGCUGAUUCAAAAAACAUUACGUACGACAGUCUAAAAUGCGAGGGGAUAGAAGGACGCGUGACAGAAUGUUCGGAGUGCUACACCUGCGACCACGAGGCCGUGGCCCGGCACAGGACCAGCAAGCACGAGAUCACCCACCUGAAGUUGAACGAUGCGAACUGCGCUGCAAGCGAGACGAUAUGCUGUGUGUCGCAAAAGGAUCUGAAAUUCCGGGAGAGUACCAACGUAGAUCGGCUCUCCUGCGGCCACAGCAAUCCGGAGGGCUACCCUCGCGCGCUGAGGUCCAGCAUCCGCUCCGUGCUGCAGGGAGAGUACCCCUGGAGGGCCUGGAUAUACUAUUGGCAGGAUCCUGAAACACCGUUGUGCGCCGCGACAUACAUCAACAAGGAAGGCCGUACGCUGCUGACGUCAGCGUCGUGCGUGGAGGGACGCAGAGCGGACGCGCUGAUCGUGCGCUUCACCCGCGAUCCGCAGCACUACGACCCCGUGCAUGUUAGCAGGAUUGACGUGCACGAACUUUAUAAUAAAGAUACCCAAGUGAACGACAUAGCAGUUCUGAGCGUUGAGUCGGUGCCGUCAUGGAUGCAGAAGGUCUGCCUCCCCAUACAACCCGUGCUCCUCGGCACUUCCUGCAUCGCCGUCUCUGACAACAAUUUCUAUUUGAACCAAGUAGUACCACGGCAGACGAAGUGCAAGGAAAAUGGCUCGCUGGACGAUUCCCUCAUGUGCAGCGCCACCCUGAAGGACGACUACACCCCUGAGCUGGGGGGUGGCAUGUUCUGUGUAGAUGAGCAAUCGAGCGCAAAUACGUACACGGUAUACGGAGUGUACCUGGCCAGUGCUAACAACGGACUGGCGGUCCUCAAUACUAAUGUGACGCACUUCACUGAAUGGAUCAUCAAGAAGGCCGAGAAGCACAUCAAUCUCAUUCGAAAUUCAUCUUAAUACGGUGCGACAAGGAUCUUUUGGCGCGUGGCCAAAAUCGGAACUAACACCGCCAUUUUGUGAAGUGUCACGCUGUCCCCUUGUAUGUGGACUUUCCACUGUCUAAAUAAAAAAUCUGAAAUUCA